UGAAAGAGAUAAUAUAAAAAGAAACAGUGGAGAGGACAAGAAAGGUUAAUGCAAGAGAGACAAGGAUCAUACCAACCGAGAGAGACUGAGAUACAGAGAGCGCUGGAGCGAGUGACUCAGCCGAGCAGUGAGACAAAAAAAUUAAAAAAAUUUAAAAAUAAAAACCCCCACCUCAAUCCCUCUUCUUCUAUACAUUCCAAAACCCCCCAUCAUUAACUUGAAUAUGUACUGAAAAAAAGAAAGAAGAGACGCGUAGAGCCCGAUCGAAGCACCGCAUGGCUUAUUCUCCUCCUCCUCCGCCGCCGCCGCCGCCGCUGCCGCAAACCCUACCGCCGCCGCUCCAAACCACCACCCUCGCCGCGGCCUCCUCCGCCUCGGCACCGUCGUCGCUCACGCUCUCCCCGAGCGUCCUCAUCAUCCUCGCCAUCCUCGCCAUCGUCUUCCUCGCCUCCGUCGCCAUCCACCUCUUCCUCCGCUUCCUCUCCCGCUCCCCGGCCUCCUUCCUCCGCCGCGGCAGCCGGAACCACCACCACCACCGCGCCGCAGCCGCAGCCUCCGCCGGCGGCGGCGAGGCGAAGGAGGUGUCGGAAGGGGAGAAGGCGACGCUGAUCGAGAGGCUCCCGCUGUUCACCCUGGCGUCGGCGCUCUCCGCGCUCCCCAAGUCGUCCCCGGACUGCGCCGUGUGCCAGGAGCCCUUCCGCCCCGACGACGAGCUCCGGCUCCUCCCGGCCUGCCGCCACGCCUUCCACUCCCGCUGCGUCGACCCCUGGCUCCGAUCCACCCUCCUCUGCCCCCUCUGCCGCUCCUCCAUCGCCCUCCCCUUCCCCCCACUCAUCCUCCCUCCCCUUCCCCCCACCACCGCCGCCGCUACUGCUGCUGCUGCUGCUGCUGCGCCGCGGAUGAUCGACGACGACGACGACGACGACGCUGCGCCCCGAUCCGGAAGCUUCCGCAUCGAGAUGGGCACCGUGAGCCGGCGCCGAACCGCCCCCGAAGACGUCCCCGGGGCCCCGUCGCCGUCCCCGUCCCCGCACACGAUGAGGUCCUACGCCAUGGAGUCGUACGACUACGUGGUGGAGGAGGAGGUGGAGGCGGUGAUCUCCGCGAUCCCCCCGCGUCACGGCGUCGGCGUCGUCCUCCUUCAACUCCGUCCGCCACUCCGGCCGCUGGAGCUCGCGCUGGAGCAACCGCUACGACGACGGCGGCGGGUGGCGGGAGGCGUCGUGGUGGGAUUUGGAAGGGAGCCUGCAGGCGCGGGAGGGCGACGACGGCGGCGGCGGCGGCGGCCUCUACGCCUUCUACCGCUGGAUUACUGGCGUGUAGCUGCAGCGCUCCUUCCGAACCUUCCUUCUCGAUCUCUUUCGAUUCGAAUAAUAAAGCCAGCCAGCCAGCCAGCCAGCCGCGCCGGGAAAUGCGGGACGACGUUCUUCGGUAUAAUUUUACCAAAAAUUGACAGCUGGCUUACUACUACUACUACUACUCGCUCUUCUACUUCUACUUUUGUGUGGGCUAUUAAUUUGAUAGAGAUCGAUAAAUCGUUCUAAAUUGGAGGCCUCUUCCCUUCUUUUUUCUCCCCUUUUUUUUUUUUUUUUUUCUGAAUAUGUUGUUGUUGUUGUUGUUGUUUCUUCUUGCUAAUCCACGACGGGGCAAGUGAUGAUGAUGGAACAGCUGAGAAGAGGAUAAUCCGGAGGAAUGAAUUAAAAUGGGUGGUAGCAGCAAGAGAGAGGGGGAGGAGAGAAUGCGAACAAAAAUUCGAGCGUCGCAGCGUCAUUGUCGUCAUUAAUAGUUGUUUAGCUGCCUAGUGGUGCAAGUCGCUCGCACUACACCGAAGUUUUGGACGCACGUACUCUUUGUUCGGAUUGAAGUGUGGGCGAUGAUGUAAAUAAAUGUAUGUUACGUUGUCGAUUCUAAACAUCAAGCCUCGUGCAACUAAAAUAAGAGGAGGAAGCAAAUUCUGUAUAAAUUCAACAAAAUUUCAUUGCUUUUGCUUCUUCUUCUUCUUUUUUUUCUCCUCCUUUUUUUUUUGUGUGCGUCUUUGGGUUCUCUCUUUAGAUACAAUAUGUCGAUCGUGGAAGUUUUCUUAUUAGCUCCUGUGAUUAUUAACUAAUUGUUUUGCGACCAAUUUGGUCCUACUACUGUAAGCUUGAAAGCAGUUUAAGUGAAAAACUUGGUCCUUUCUCCUCGUAUUAA